GCAACACUUUCUUCUUAACACCUUUCUUUGCUCAGCUUCAUCAUCGUGAAUACGCAUUCGAAGAUGACCACCAGUACAGAGUCUAUUUCAUCGCCAAGAUUUGACUUCUUUCAAACGGCAACACAAGUAAUCGUUUCGGUAUACGUGAAAGGAUGUUCACAAGAUGAUGUCCAAUUAGACACUGACGAUCACUCUCUGCGAUUGACCAUCAAUGCACCAACAAAAGCGAGUUUAGUUAUCGCACCUCUGUUUGGUCCAAUUGAUACUUCUAAUUCGGGUGUAACAACUUUACCAUCCAAAGUGGAGAUCAGCUUGCAAAAACUUCAACCUGGCAUCCAAUGGCCUUCGUUGCAAGGCAGCGAUGCUGGCGGUAGUACAACCUCAACAACGGUCGCAAGUACAUCCACUCCAAAUCCAACUUCACGUACGAGAUCCAAAUGGGACUCUUUCAAAGAUGAAGAGGAGGAAGACGGUCAAAACAAAACCACCGGAAAUGAAACCGGAAAAAGUACCAAAGAUGAAGCUUCGAUCGAUGACUUUUUCAAACAAUUAUAUGCAAACGCAGAUGAUGAUACACGUAAAGCAAUGAUGAAAAGUUAUCAAGAAUCAGGCGGAACGGCUUUAAGUACGAAUUGGGAAGAAGUCAAAAAGGGAACAGUCAAAAGUCAACCUCCAAAAGGGAUGGAGGCACGUAAAUGGUGAAGGGGUACUACCUUAACACUUCUGUAUAACUAGAGAU